UUUGUCUCAUCGAGAUGUUGAUGAAUGUGUAAAAGUUUGCUGGGUGCAGCGAGGCAGCUCUGGGACCAGUGGACAUCCAAUUCUGCUGCAGCAAGUUCUUCCAUUGCCUCGGUUUUAAAUGUAGAGUAAAUAGGCAGCCUGGUCUGAUCAGAACUCCGUGCGUAGGCAUGCCUGUGGUUUCCUACCACCUACCAAGAACCUGCCAGCAGUCUCUCUUCGAACAGUCAAUAACAUUUGAAAAGGAAACACUCUAACGGCUACGGUGAAUUUGGCUCGCAAUACUCAGGACUCUCCGACAGACUUUACUCGUCUUUACUCCACCUUUGGUGCUAUUUCUGCUAACAUUCAUGGUACAUGAGCAGCAUGGAGAAAGGGUGAGCUGAAUGGCAGCGGUGGACAAUGCGGUGCAGAUUGUGACGUCAAGUGAUUCCCGGAUGGUCUGUGUUGGAGCUGGUGCCAGGGAAGGGUCAACAUUGUCCGAACCAGAAGCAGCAGCACGAAGGUUGACAGAUGACGUUGCACAACAUUGGAAGAAGCCAUCUGCAUAUCCCCAAGCCGCAGCCUAUGUGACACGAUGGAAGGUAUUUGGAUCAACAGGUAUCGGAAGCACCUGGUUAAAUCCAUCAGUGGGCCCUUUCUGGAGACGAUAAUUCGCUACAUGAAGAGGCAGGAUCUGAUGAGCACUGAAGAAGUCAAUCAGAUUCAGGAACUGACCGCCCCAUCAGACAAGGCAAAGGCAGUGAUCGAUGUCCUCGCUGGGAAAGGAAGCACAGCCUCUGAGUCCUUGCAGACCUUCAUAGAGACCACUAACUCACAGCUCUAUCUUUUAAUUACAUUCUACGAGCCAAUGAUACAGAAGCACAUGGAGGUCCUGCACGGCAGGUUUGCAAGUGGGAAUGAAAUCACGGCCCUGUGUGCAAAGCCGUCCCUGGACCGACUUACAAACCUGCUGCUGAUCGACGGGCUGACAGACGUCCAACAGAAGGAGCAUGAUGUCAUGCAGAUAGAGGCCAUCAGGGGUAUGAGUAGCAGCUCAAGGCACACGCCUCUGGACCGGCUCUUUCUCCCCUUGUCGAAAGUCAGCAUCCCCCCGCGGAUUUCGGUGACCGUUGGAGUGGCUGGAAUUGGUAAGAGUACGUUGGUAAAGAUCCUGGUGUACAAGUGGUUGAAGGGAGAGUUGUACAGAGACGUCACCUUCAUAUUCCCCUUCAUGUUUCGAGAGCUCAACACCUUUGAAAGGAUAUCAGCAGAAAAGUUGGUCAAGUUGACCUUUCCCCACAUUGCCGAAACCAACCAUAUCCUGAACGGGUCGGCAAAGGUGGUGCUGGUCUUCGAUGGGCUGGACGAGUUCAGGUAUCCACUGGAGUUCUCAAACUCCCAGAUCUGCACUGACCCAAAGAAAGACAUCCAAAUUGACAACCUGAUCACCAACAUAAUACGGGGCAACAUCUUCUCCCAGGCAACGGUCUGGAUCACCUCGCGUCCUAGCGCAGCCAGCCAGAUCCCAGCCGGUCUCGUGGACAGAAUGACGGAACUCAGGGGAUUCGAGGAAGGUGAGAUGAAAGACUUCUUGGAGACAGUCUUUGAAGAGAGGUCCAUCGCCACGCGGGUCUUUUCGCACAUAAAGGCCCAUAAGUCACUCAACAUCAUGUGCUCCGUGCCUUCCUUCUCUCUGAUGAUUGGCCUCUCCCUCGCAUACUACCUCAGAAGCAACAUUGAUGGUCACAAGGCUGGCAACUUCCCACAGACUAUGACGGAAAUCUACACCUAUUUCUUCAAAAUGGUUCUCAAUGGGGAUUGGCAGGAAAAGGAGCAGGAGCCACUAAAGAUUGAACAAGCCUUCAGCAACAACAAGAAACUGAUUUCUAGCCUGAGCAGGCUGGCAUUUUAUGGGUUAAUCAAACGCAAGUUUGUUUUCUACGAGCAGGACAUGAAGGCAUAUGGCAUUGACCUCUCAUCACUACAGGGAAGCUUGUGCACUAAGAUCUUUGCCAAGGAUGAGUCCAAUAUCUGUACAGUUUACUAUUUUAUACACAACACCUUGCAGGAGUACCUGGCCGCCACCUACUAUUACACAGCUGCCAAAAGGGCCAUCUUUGACCUGUUCACUGAGAGCACUAUGUCUUGGCCCAAGAUCGGCUUCCACAAUCACUUUAAGAACGCGGUGAGCAAGUCGCUGCAGUCCGAGGACGGUCACCUGGACAUCUUUGUGCGCUUCCUCUCGGGCCUCCUCUCACCGGAGGUGAACAGGUUGCUGCAGGGCCUGCUCCUCACCAAGGACGAGCACCACAGCUACCGCACCCAGGCGGCGCAUCACCUGCAAGGCUGCCUCAACACCGACUAUGUCAUCUCCUCCAGGACCGUCAACAUCAUGCACUGCCUGCACGAGCUGCGGCACACCGACAUCGCCAAAGGGGUGGCGGACGCGCUGCGGGAAGGCAACCUGGCCGGGAAACUCACGCCCGUCAACUGCUCGGCUCUCGCCUACCUCCUGCAGGUCUCUGAGGAGUGCAUGGAGGAGACCAACCUCUCCAACUGCCUCAGCUACAACAUCUUCAAGAGCUUGCUCCCCCGCCUCCUCUACUGCCACAACCUCAGGUUGGAAAACAACCAGUUCAAGGACAACGUAAUGGAUCUACUGGGGAGCCUGCUGAGUGCCAAGGACUGCCAGAUCAGAAGGAUUAGCUUGGCUGAAAACCUGAUCAGCAACAAGGGGGCAAAGGCAAUCGCUCGUUCGCUGAUGGUGAACCGCACCCUGUCUGCCUUGGACCUCCGGAGCAACUCAAUAGGCCCCAAAGGAGCCAAAGCAUUUGCGGAUGCCUUGAAGAUAAACCAGGGCCUCGUCUCGCUGAACUUUCAGAAUAACUUUGUGGGUGAAGAGGGAGCGAAGUUCACUGCCGAAGCUCUUCAUGUCAAUCGGAAGCUGACUGUGCUGAACCUUCAGAAGAAUUCCAUCAACCACGAAGGAGCCAAGCGAAUCGCCAGCGCCCUGAAACAUAAUGACAGCCUGAAGGAGCUCAACCUGUGCGGUAAUUGUAUCGGUGAUAUUGGAGCCAGUGCCAUAGCUGAAGCCCUGAAAGUAAACAGAAACCUCUCCACACUCAAUCUCCAGAGUAACUCCAUCAGUAACAUCGGUGCCACCGCCCUGACUGCAGCUCUCACAAUCAAUGAAGGCCUAACCGACCUGAAUCUGCGAGAGAAUUCUAUCAGCUUGAACGGCGCGAAGGAAAUUGCAAAAGCCCUGCGUGUAAACAAGGUGCUGAGGAGCCUGGAUCUAACGGCGAACCUGCUGCACGACGAAGGGACGGCAGCCAUUGCCUCCGCUAUCCAGGAGAACCAGACCCUCACCUCCCUGCAUCUGCAGUGGAACUUCAUCAGCCCAAACUCGGCCAAAGCACUGGCUCAAGCACUACAUUACAAUCACAGCAUCACCAGCCUUGAUCUUCAGGAAAACAGCAUUGGAGACGAAGGGAUCAUCGCUCUGUCUGCUGCACUGAAAUGUAACUCCGUGCUGACCUCCUUGUAUCUACAGGGGACAUCCGUGGGCGAGAGAGGUGCCAGGGCCUUGGCUGAUGCCUUAACCGUGAACAAGAGCCUCAGCACUCUGGAUCUGCGAGGGAACGCUGUGGGUGUGGCUGGUGUGAAGGCGAUCGCCUCCGGUCUGAAAGUCAACAACAGCCUCCGGACUCUCAACCUUCAGGAGAACUCCUUGGGGCUGGAUGGGGCCAUGUGCAUUGCCAUCGCUCUGAAGUACAACCAUAGUCUCGUCCACAUCAAUCUCCAGGGCAACAGGAUUGGCGAGUCGGGAGCAAAGGUCAUCGCUGCUGAGAUCAGAAGCAAGUCUCCGCAUUGUGUGGUUGAGAUCUGAGUCAGGCCGGGCCGAAGAGGAGCCAGUGGCAAAGGACAUCUCUGUGGCCAGGCCUUGGACAGGCAGCUCCAUCUCACCCUGGUCUCAUGCACUUCAACGUCCCCAGGAGCUGGUGUGGGGAACGCUGACCCCAGGAGCUGGUGUGGGGAGCAGUGACCUCUGACCCCUGGAGCCAGUGUAGGGUGCAGUGACCCCUGACUCGGGGAGCCGAUGUGGGGAGCAGGGACCCCUGACCCCCGGAGAUGGUAUGGGACGCACUGACACCUGACCCCCAGGGACUGGGAAUGGCCUGUCACCUCACUGCUGACCACAGGUUGGGGUCUCACACUGCAGUGAUUCUUACUGUCGAUGGUUAAGUGUCAGAGGUGGUGUGGAAGUUUCCGACACCU